CACUGACCGGCCACGCCGACUUUGGCUAGGCAGCCAUCGUGCUGGGUUUUAUCUACCCUCAAACUUCUGAGCCCUUGUCAAGUCCAUGAACUAAUUCUGACCAACCACAUCUAUGGAGGUCCUGAGAUGAACGUGGCUGUGAUUUACACUUUGCUGAUGAACCAAAUUGUCGCUGAUCAAGCUUUAUAGCCAGCAAAACACCCGCACGAUGAUGCACUGGUAGCGAGCUUCCAGGUGUCCAAGCCACAAAGCCCUGAGUGCAGAUGGAGCCCCCGCAAUGUAUUCCCGACAUGGUAGUUGCGAGUGAUGACAAGAAGGGGCUGAUACUUCAGCGGGCCGCCUCAAGUGAUUUGUACCUGGGGAUGAUAAAGCUGCUGGCCGUCGAAUUUAAAUACCACCUCUGUUCACAAUCAAUUAUAGCCCAGACUUCGAGCCAGACCUUCCUUCACAGCAUAUUCUCCACGAAUACUUUUCGUUGUCAAGCACGAUGAACGCCAUCUUUGUAGCCGAUCUGGUCCUUUACCUGGUGCUCUUGCCUUUGGUCCUUUACAUUGUCUGGACGCGUCGCUCAGGUGGACUCUUGGCAUGGUAUUAUCUGAGCGUCUUCUGUAUCGCUCGUAUCGUGGGAGGUGCGAUAGGAGUACACGAUAACCAGAGCCUCGCCGCGAAUAUCAUCGUGGGCGUGGGCAUUUCGCCGCUCAUCCUAGCAAUCGAUGGUCUCCUCCAUGAAGCACGAGCCUACCGCAACCCCGGGAGACAACGGGUCGGCUGGGCGGUGGUCAUUCUGGCCACAGGGUUGAUGGCAACAGCUCUUGCGCUUGCCAUUGUGGGUGCCUUGAACGUCUAUGAAGGCCAUCCCAAGCCGGACAGUCUCGACCACUGGAAGACAGGCACCGGAUUGAUGGUAUUGGUUUGGGGUUUGGAGGUGAUCUGGGCGUGUUUCCUGCUCUUGCCAUCGCAGCGACGGAAGGAUGCCUUCUCGUUUCAUGCUGGCACUACGCUUGUACAAGGCUCGUUUCUGGCGCUGUUCUUCGUGGGAAUUCGGGCUAUAUAUCAGUUGAUCGCGGUGUGCACGCAGCGGAAAGACCUCAGCUCCAGCACUGGAAGUUUGGCAGUGCGUGUGCUCUUGGUCUUUUUGCCAGAAGCGUUUACAGUCUUCUCGAUGGUGCUUGUAGGCGUGCAGACGAGGAACGUCAGUAAAGGUUGAACAUGCGACGCUUCCAUGACC